UUAUUUUUCGACGUAAUAGAAGCCCCUGGGCUUCUAAUACACCUUCCACAUCCAUUGCUCCAGAGGGGGCUUCUAAUACGGGAGGGCUUCUAAUAUGGGGGAGGCUUCUAUUAUGGGGGGGGGUUUACUCUUAGUAUUUCGUUAUUUAAGGCGAAAUAUUCGAGCGUAAUUCGAUGUUUGCUUGUUUUAUUACGUGGUUUCACGUAUUUAGUAUUCACUUAAACCAUUGGUGAACACUUACCGGGUAUUCCCAAUCCUCUUCACUGUUUUCCUUAUUGAUCUUCGGUCGAACUGUUGUCAUCCAUAUCGGGUCAUACUAUAUUCUUGGUCAAUAGCCGUUCGGGACAUUUCCUCUACUUUUUACCAAAGGCUUUUCUGGUUUACUUCUCUAUUCGAACAAUAUUCAAAAAUCAUGAAGAAUAAGAGUCGUAGUCAGCCGCGAAAAUCAGCACACCGUCCAAUCCCUACAAUGCCCGAUUUCUAUGAAGGACAGCGCGUGCUGGCCUGGCAUGCCAAAUAUCAAAAGUCUCUUCUUGCACACAUGAUCACCUUACUCCCACAAAAACAUGGCUGUCUGGUCAAUUUCGAUCAAGAUGAUGUAACGGCUCUCAUCAGUUUUAAAGAUAUAUGUACCCUAUGUGCUUUGUAACACUAUUUCUAUCAGUUUAUAUAUUUUUGGGUAUAUUAGUUGAUUCGUUUAAAAUAGAUAAACCUUAAAACGUCAUAUAAAUGUUACCAAAACGGAGAGAAAAACAUUAAGCAUGUUAGUCAUUAGAGAUGACAGAUAUAAAAGGUAAACUUUAUUUAUGAUACGGGUAAAGUACCUUAGUUGUAUCAUGAGCAAGGAAAGAAAAAGUCUUGCAUAUGAAUAGUUUUCGUAUUCUUCUCAUUGACUCAUAAUUCCUUGCUAGCUCAAAGCGGUUGAAAACGUAUAUAUUGUUGCUCUAACGGUUCGUUGGCAAAGAAUAUCAAAUAAUGGAUGAAGAUUUAGCGUUUUGCUUUAAUAAACUAAUCGAAAAACAAAAACAAUUUAUUGAAGAAGCAAAAUAUGAAACUCAAAAGCAAUAUGAAUUUGAACAAAAUCAAUUAAAAGAAAAAAAAUCUGUUUAUGAAGAGGAACGAGAAAAAAUUGAUGAAACAAUAGAAAGAUUAUUAUUAAUUAACAAAAAUCUUUUUCUUGAAAUAAUUUACCAAAUGAAAAAACAUUUAAAAUAAAGUUGGAAAAAAUCAUCAUAACUUACGAGCCUAUUGAGCAAAGAACAGAAUUAAUAAAUUUAUUUCUAAGACAAGUGUUUGAGAUUGAUAAUGAAAUUCAAGAAUUAUAUAUCAAUGAAGUCUCAAAAACACCAACAAAGAAUUGGUUUUAUCAAUUAGAUAAAUGGUUUGACAAAAAAUUGUUAGAAUUACAAUUUUUAUUUCAAUCAAUAACAAAAUUAUAUGAGAAAAAAAUUUAUUUUCAAAAUAAUAUCUUAAUUCUUGGCCCAUUAUUAUUAGAGAAACGAGAACAACAAAUUAUUCAUGAUCUGAUUUUCAAAUUACGGCUAAUUCAUAACGAAGAAAUCAUUGAGUUUAAUCGGGUUUUUGAUGAACAAAAUCCUAAUAUUGAUCGUUCUUUAUAUAUUUCAACGCUCGUAUCUAUUGCACUACAAAUAUUUGGUAUUCACGACGUAAUUAUUAAACCUGUUGUUCGCAUGAUCAGAAACAAUGAAAGAGAAUUUUUGAGAAGGAAAAUUAUUCGACAAAUGGAUGAACAAUUUAAUCAAUUAGUAGAAAACAUAAAAAAUACCAAAAAUUCAGUGAGUUUUAAACAAUCUGAAGCGAAUGCAUGGUUACUUAAAAUUGAAAAAAUAAGAUUUAAUCGUAUUAAUGAAUUUGAAAAUUUAUCACAAGGAAAUUAUCAUAAAAAUUUAGUAAAACAGGAACAAGAUAUUAUUGAUUUAAAAUAUAUUAUAAGUAAACUAAGUUGUGGAUCAUCAUAUUCGAAUUAUUUUCAACAAAAGUUAGCAAUUGAACGAAAAAGUAUAAUAAAAGAUUUAAUUGUUUGGAAAGCACCACCAGUAUGGAAAAGACAGAUACAACUCUCCCAAAUGAUGGCAGUAGUUUUCCAUGAAAUAAAAUAG